ACUGCCGUGGCAGCGGCUCUGUUUGUUGCAGUCGACUACGCCCUGAGGCUCACCAAAAACAGCCACAAAAACAGCCAUUUCCUCUGAGUGCAGAGGUGGGGGGCGGGGGGCAGACCUUUUCCUCACGGCAUUCCGCGCUCCAGCCCCCACCGCUCGCAGCGCUGGUGCUCGGAGAGACGCAGCGGAGCAAAUUCCUCGGGAUACUCCAGGCUUUCCUAGCUCCUUGGGAUGAAAACAUUCGUCUGGAGUUCAGCUGGGCUUUAAGGAUGCCAUCUGUCAGCAUUCGCGGGAUAUUCUGAAGCGCUAAUCCGAAGGACACCGCGAGGAUCCCGCGCCCCGGGGUGCGCUGGGCACGCUGCCGGCCGGCACCCAGCGCCCGCGCUCUGCCCGCAGCCUGGAUCCCCACAGCGCCUGCCUCGGCUCGCAGGGAAUGGACCUCCCCGUCUUCCAGUUCAUCACCGGCCUGGCACUGCUCAUCAAGGUGCAAGAAGGUGGAUAAGCCAACGCUGGGAAGGACAGAAACUUAAGUAAGCUUCCUGGUGUUCUUAUUUUAUGGAAUUAUCCUACCUACCUCACAAAAUUCUCAUUUGCUUCGUCAGAAACACAUCUGGAGUUGACUUUGAGAAUGAACGGUGAUGUCCUCUAGCCACUCAUAACAUCCUAUCCAAGCUGCCUCCAUUUCAAGCCCCAUUUCAAUGUGCUGCAGCUGACUGAGACCUUGCGUCUUCUGCUAAUAGAGACUGGCAGCGAGCUGACAGUCAGAUAUGACUGUCCAGAAACUGGUAGCCACAGCUGUGUUGGUAGCCUUGGUCUCACUUAUUCUUAACAACGCGGCUGCCUUUACUCCUAACUGGGUGUACCAGACCCUGGAAGAUGGGCGUAAGCGCAGCGUGGGGCUCUGGAAGAUGUGCUGGCUGGCAGAGAGGAGCAAGGCAGGAGCGAGCACGAGCAGCAGGCACGGGCAAGGGGAGGAGCGCGAGUGCGAAGCCCUGGGCUGGGGCUCGGAGUCAGCCGGGUUCCAGGAGUCUCGCAGCACUGUCAAAUUGCAGUUUGACAUGAUGCGCGCCUGCAACCUCAUCGCUACCGUUGCUCUGACUGCUGGCCAGCUCAUCUUCGUCCUGGGCCUGGUGGAGAUACCCAUCAUUUCUCAGGAUACCCAGUGGUGGGAGGAGGCCAUUGCUGCUGUGUUCCAGCUUGCCAGUUUUGUUCUGGUCAUUGGAUUGGUGACCUUCUACCGCAUCGGGCCGUACACCAACCUCUCGUGGUCCUGCUACCUGAACAUUGGAGCCUGUCUUUUGGCCACACUGGCAGCUGCCAUCCUCAUAUGGAACAUCCUCCAUAGGCGCGAGGACUGCAUGGCGCCGCGGGUCAUCGUCAUCAGCCGCACCCUGACCGCUCGGUUCCGCCGGGGCCUGGAGAACGACUACGUGGAGUCGCCGUGCUGAAAGCGUGGACUUGCAAGGGGAAAGGUCUCCAAGGAGAUCUGCGUUGGUGUUUUAUAUAAAUAGAUGCUAUAAUUUAAAACUAAGGGUUGAAGGACAUCACGAAGCUCACUCUUGUGGGCAGAGGCCCUCAAUUAUUAUUUGGAUGGGCUCCAUCUAUAUACAUAUGUAUAAAACAUAUAAUUUUAUAUAUAUUAUAUUGCCCUCUUCCUCUACUGUACAGCGCAGAAUAUUGGGCUGUCAGAAUCCUGACAGCAUCACAGCUGUGUGUCAGCCAGAGCAGAGAGAUCCGAUGAGACCACAGAGGAGAGACGACCUAACGUUUACUGCCUGGAUAAAGUUGUCUUGCUCCCUUAAUAACAUGGAAAGCUUUGGGAGACCGGUGAUGACCAGCUUUCCUUUGCAAUUAACAGGCAGUCUGAGAAAGCAGAAAACUCACUGUAGAGUAAGUGAUGAUUUUUAACAGCUGUUAAGAUUUCAUGGCUUUUUAGCCUUCCAUCCGCAUCCCAUUCAUCCAUUUCAAGGAACUUCUCAUUAACUGCAACACCUACUCUUUUCAAGCCACAUCAUAAAGCAAGAACUACAACUCUAAUAGCUCUAAUUGGUAAAGGAAUGCAGAAGAAUUCACUGCAUUUUCUCCAGACACUACUUUCUUCACCCUAAGAGAGAGCUUCGGGUUUAUCCUAUGUGUAAAUAGAUGCCAUUGAAAAUGAAAAGGGCAUGCCACUAGAACAGGCCUUACACGGUGCUGACAGUCUCCUUCAGUGUUACGCUGUGGGCAGAUCUACAGAAGGCGGUGACCUGGAUUCUCUCAUAAUCAUAGAUACUACUGAUUUGCUUCACAGGAAAUUAUUAGUAAUAAUCAAUAUUACAGCCCACAUAAGUUUCUUCCUGGCUUGCUUUAACUUUUGCCAGGUAACUUCCAGAUUAGAGUGCUAUGUUAGGACGUCCAGCUCUGCCCAGCAAUGCUCAGAGGCACCUUAUAGAAUACUGGAGACAGUACCUGCUACUGCAGCUCAUAACUGGAGAAUAAGACAAACAUAGACUUUGCCAUGAGAUAAAGCAUCUGUCCGUUAACUUCAUAUGGUAAUGAAAGGAAAAUUAGUACCUCCAGAACCUGGCACGAUGCCUGUUGGCCUCACAAGGGCUCACAAGGCAUGCAUGCAGCCUUCAGGAAGAAAAAACAACGGGUCAAAAACUGUUAUGCCAAAAUACUUCAGACACAGCCGCAAUGACAGACGUUUAGGAGUUGUCAGCAGAGGCUCCUCUGAGCACUUCCUGACAGAUCUGAAGGGCUGAGCUGUGAAUGUGAGCUGUGAACGUCACAGACUGCACGACGCUGUCGUGUUGCUCCCAGCCCAAACACUGCUCCUCUUUGCUAUUAUUUUCACCAUAGUUUGCCACACUUAGAACGUGAUCAUCAAGCUGGCUCUUGAAUUCUGUUCUCAAACUCAGUUCCGAUGCAAUAAGAAACUCACCCCCAACUGCUAAUCUGCAUCAUGUUCAUAGUCAGCAACCCUGUGCAGAGACUGAUGCUCCAGAGCAAUUUAUUGUUCUAGACUAUCAGCACAGAAUACCUUCAUGCUGACAAAGAGUUUCUUCUAACAGUAGGUUUGUAAAAACCAAACUAAAAUUUGUAUUCACUCGCCUGCAUUACUUCCUGGAAAAGCUCUACCCUUCCUAGAAGCAACAUGCUAUGAUUAAUUGCAGGGAUUUUUAAAAAUUAAACUAUUUGAAUAUUUAAAAGACAUUAUAUUAUUUCUUCUAAUAUUGCAAUAUCCGUAUUAUAAUAAUGUACAUUUAAAUUUAAAAAUCAGCUAUGUGGUCAGUAAAUUUGUAAUACUUGGUAUGACUGUGAGUAUUUUAGAUGUAUAAAUAAAAUUAUGAAUGUUCA